CACGCGCCGUCCCGCGCGUGUACGGCGUGCUCGAGUCGUGCUACAUCGCAGGCCUCACUGUGUCCGGCCUGCUGAUGGGCGCGGCGCGGCAGUGGGCAGGCGGGUACCGAGGCGCCCUCUGGCUGCUCGCGCUCGUCCUCCUCCUCUCUGUCGCCGUCUGCGCCGCGCUGCGCCGCAUCGUCCGCCUGCAGCAAGCCGCCGCCGAGCGAGAAGGCGCGCGCCGCCACCCGCUCCGGCAAGGCGGCCGCGACCUCGAGUUGCCGGAGCGGACAUCAGAGCGGACCGCCUCGCUCGACGACACGCGCCGCGCGCUCCACGUGGCCUUGCUGCCGCCGUCGCCGACGCGCGAGCUCUGGCAGUCUGCGGGCCGCCGCGCCUCCUCCCUCGACUCGCCCUCCCGCCGCGCAGCCUCGAUGGAGGCGCGCGCUCUCAUCGGCCGGUCGCAGUCCAUGCUCGCCGCAUAAGAGGUGUCCGCCGCACACACGCCCUCGCGUGUCGAGGGCCGUGGGCGAAGAGGCACGGCGCGAUACUAGUACUACUCCCCCCCCCGUUCUCAGCAGUCCGCGUCACCCCGUCAGAGAGUACUACUCCCUCUCCAAUACCAGUGCAUGCCCAUGUGCGAUUACCCACUUGGUCCUUUCACUAGACUUGACACUUGUUCCUGUCCGGUCCUUUUUCCUGUAAUGUGCAAAGCUGUAACUUA